AUGGGCAGUAUCGGCAUAGGUUUGAACUCGGUCCUGUGUGUUGUUGUCACUGUCAACUUCAUGCUCUUGCACGACCCCAGGUCGUUCAGAAGACUGGUACUGCGACCGGACGGAGGGACGUCAAGGGCAGAUGGCCGUGCUGAUCCGAGACCAAGUGGUAAUAUGAAUAGUGGACGGCGCACCAAAUACCUCCUUGCUUGGGAGCCCAUGCCUGAAACCAUAUGGCAGAGAUUAUUUUGGAUACUGGACCUCAUCACCAGCAUCCGCGGCGUCCACUGGUCCUGGAGUUCUGCGGCUUCACCUGCAUGUGAUCCUGAUCUGGGCAAGUCGUGUUCGAACCGGACCGCUUCGAUCGCCCGGAAUGUCUCCCGCUUUCUUGUCGACUACUUCCUCAUCGAUCUCAUAAAAUGCGUCAUGAUCGCGGACCCGUACUUCGUCGGUUAUCCCACGCACGGACCACCGCCCCAUCUUUCGCGGUACAUUACGUCUUCAUUAGGGUUAUACACUUACCGCUUGCUUCUCGGCACAGCAGGGAUGUACACGGCGGUCGAUCUGAUAUUCGCCUCUGCAGUCCUCCUGCAGGUCAACAUUCUCGGCCCGGGGAUGCUCGGACUCAAUGCGUCACCUCUCGCAUUCCCACCAAUCUGGGGCAGUCCGUCCGCUGUUCUGCGCAAAGGUCUGCGAGGGUUUUGGGGCGAAUCAUGGCACCAAUUCUUCAGAAAGCACUUUGUGAGCAUUGGGGAUGCUGUUGCCGAGUUUCUGCCAGGCCAUAACGGUCUGGGUUCUUGUGGCUGCCGAUGGUCAGACAACAAGCGACAAAAAUGUCUGAAGCAGUCGGGAGUAAGAGAGACGAUUCGAGUCGUGACCGUGUUCGUCCUCAGCGGGAUAUUGCACGCAUGCGCAAGCCAUACGCUGCUGGGACCUACAAGGCCCCUUGCCACUUUUCUCUUCUUUGCACUUCAGCCGGUUGGUAUGGCCAUCCAAAGCGCUGGCUCCCUACUUUUCGCCAGCUGUUAUCUCUCAAGGCUGCCAGGCCCGUGGACAAUAAUCAUGCGUCAAGGCUCAAAUGCUGUUUUUACCCUUCUGUGGCUUUGGGGAACUGGUGGCAUGUUUUUCGACGACAUGGCCAGCGGUGGUAUGUGGCUGCUGGAUCCCAUACCCAUCAGUCUCAUUCGUGGCCUGGGGCUCAGCAAGGACGACAGAAGGCUCUGGUGCUGGUAA